AUAAGGCAAUAUUUGCUGUUCAUUUUUAAUGUGCAAGAAAGGGACACAACUCAGAGGGCCCUCCAAAGACCAAAUUGUCUCAUUUUCCACUGCCGUAUGUCCCUUGGAACAUGGAGGAAAUCAUGGCACUUUUCCUCACUAUAUAACUCCUCUCGAUCUCCUUCUCUUUUCACACAAUCCCUUUCUUCUCUCAAGAAAAAAAAAACACUUAGUUUCCAUGUAAAACUACCAAUAAAUCCUAAAUAAGAAACAAAGCCAAAAAGUGAUCAAAACUCAUCCAAGAAUAAGUCAUGGAAAUAGAAUUGGCAAAGUGCGACUGUUGCGGGUUGAAAGAAGAAUGCACAGUAGACUACAUAAGUGAAGUGAAGGGAAAUUUCGAGGGCAAAUGGCUAUGUGGUUUGUGCUCAGAAGCUGUUAGAGAUGAAGUUAACAGAGGAAAAAAGCAACAAUUUCUUGAGAUGGAAGAAGCUGUAAAAGCUCACAUGUCGUUUUGUAGAAAAUAUAAGUCUAAUAAUCCUGCAGUUCGUGUAGCUGAUGGUAUGAAGCAGAUGCUAAGGAGAAGGUCAGGUGAUUUGUCAAAAACUUCUUCAUCUCCUUCUAAGAAGUAUACAAGGUCAAUAUCCACAUCACAAGUAGGAGAUGAAUAUUCUUUCUCCUAUUAUUAGCUAAACAAUAUUAUCAAGUACUAUUGUGAUGGAAUGAGUGAGAUUACUGUACUUUUAUUAAACGUUUCAGAUUCAAGUACUGAAAAUAAAAAGAUUACUAGUAAUAUUUAGAAACAUAUUUUCCUCUUUUAAUAGGCAUUAAUAUUAUGUGACAUGAAUUCGAAUUACUUGGACCUCAACUUCGGUUGAAUAAGGUCUCGCAAUUCCUUUUCAUGACUAAAUCUUUAUGUACCAUCUCUGUCUUUGUACAAAGGAUGUAAAUUAUUUUUGUGGAGGCUACUGUAGAUAGUUUUGUUUUCUCUUUGUUUAUAUAUGUGGAUAUGCGCGUUACUGAUU